AUGAUGGCUGCAGACAUCCCGAGAGUGACCACUCCGCUGAGCUCCUUGGUCCAGGUGCCUCAAGAGGAAGAUAGACAGGAGGAGGAGGUCACCACCAUGAUCCUGGAGGAUGACUCCUGGGUGCAAGAAGCUGUGCUGCAGGAGGAUGGCCCUGAGUCUGAGCCCUUUCCCCAGAGUGCUGGCAAGGGCGGCCCCCAGGAGGAGGUGACCAGGGGACCACAGGGUGCACUCGGCCGCCUCCGAGAGCUCUGCCGGCGCUGGCUGAGACCAGAGGUACACACCAAGGAGCAGAUGUUAACCAUGCUGCCAAAGGAAAUUCAGGCUUGGCUGCAACAGCAUCGGCCUGAAAGCAGUGAGGAGGCAGCGGCCCUGGUGGAAGACUUGACCCAGACCCUUCAGGACAGUGCCCUAAUCCAGAUGCCUGGAGUUUCUCACCUGAAUUCUUGGAGCAGCUGCCAAACUGAACCUGUCUUCAGCUUCUGCCCCUUCAUCGCAGCUCUUCCACUUCUACCAGAGUGAUGGGGCACUCCUGCUUAAAAACCUUCAUGAGCUUCCCAGUAUCUACCAAAUCAAGCAUGACCUCCGUGUUCUGCUUGGAAUCCGUGGCUCUGUGGGACCUGGCCCAGACCUCCCCUGCAGUCUUUUCCCACCCCUGACCCCCCAUGCUCUAUCCCCACUCCAUUCAGACCAGAUCUUGCUCUUUCUUGAACACAGCCUGUGCUUUAGUUUUUGUUUUUGUUUUUUUGAGACGGUCUUUCUCCGUCCCCCAGGCUGGAGUGCAGUGGUGCCAUCUGGGCUCACUGCAACCUCCACCUCCUGGGUUCAAGUGAUUCUCCUGCCUCAGCCUCCCAAGUAGCUGGGAUUACAGGUGCGUGCUACCAUGCCCAGCUAAUUUUUGUAUUUUUAGUAGAGACAGGGUUUCACCACAUUGGUCAGACUGGUCUCGAACUCCUGACCUCAGGUGAUCCACCCACCUUGGCUUCCCAAAGUGCUGGGAUUACAGGCGUGAGCCACCACGCCUGGCUUUUGCUCCUGGAUUUUUGGCUUGGAAUAGCCUUGUCCCAUCUCUGUGAUAAAAUCCCAGUUGUUCUUUGAGUGCCCACCCGUGGAGACCCUCUUCAUAAAGCUGCUCUUAAACCCUGUCCCUUUUCCCCAUCCCCAGUUCCACAUACCUGGGAGCACCUCUAAUCACCUCUGCUAGAAGUCGUCUCCCCCAGAACAUUUGGAUUCUCUCUCUUGGCUUUUUAUCAUAGUUCACCUUCUUUUCUGUUUAUAUGAAUACUUGUCUUAUUUCUUGUAGGAACCUGUAAAAUCCUAGAAGACAAGGAACCUGUCUUUUUCCUUUCUCUUUCAUUCCCCCUCUUCCCUCUCUUCCACCCUACUCCCUCUUCCUUUCCCUCUCCCUUCAGUAUCAUGAACCUCGGAGCCCCACCCUAGAACUCCUGAAUCAGACACUUUGAGGGUGGCUGGGCGAGAUGGCUCACGGCUGUAAUCCCAGCACUUGGUGAGGCCGAGGCGGGUGGAUCACUCGAGGCCAGGAGUUCGAGACCAGCCUGGCCAACAUAGUGAAACCCCGUCUCUGCUAAAAAUACAAAAAAAAUCAGCCAGGCGUGAUGGCAUGUGCCUGUAAUCCCAGCUACUUGGGAGGCUGAGGCAGGAGAAUCGCUUGAACCUGGGAGGCGGAGGUUGUAGUGAGCUGAGAUUGCGCCAUUGCACUCCAGCCUGGGUGACAGCAAGACUCUGUCUCAAAAAAAAAAAAGAAACUGAGGGCGAUGCCCAGCAUUCUAAGUGAUCCUGAUUCAAACUCCAAUUUGAGAACCUCUGCACUAGACCUCUGUAGACCUCUGGUUCUCAAACUCAGCCGCACAUUAGAAUUACCUGGGGGCCUGGAGCCUACUCCAGGGAUCCUAAUUUUCUGAUUUAAUUGGUAUGGGGUAUGGCCUGGGCAAGGGAGUUUUGAAAGUGCCCAGGUAGUUCUAUUACGCUGCAAAGUGUAAAGAGCACUGCCAUAGAGCUUUGUUCUUCGGGGGGUGGUCAGUGGGCCAGCAGCAUCAGCUCACCUGGGAGUUUGUUAGACUAGGACUGUCAAUCUCACCCAGCCCCGCUGAAGCAAAUUUGCAUUUGACAAGCUCUCCAGGUGAUUCCUAUGCUCUUUGAAGUUUGAAAAGCACUACCCAGGAGAGGAAUAGAGGUUAUCAACUUCAAGCCUACUCUUGUCCAACAGUUGAGUGAAAGAGUCACAGCUGACCUCUCCAGCCAUCCUCAGCAUCAUCUGGCUUUCAGCCAUCAGAGGCAACAGGUGAUUUGUUUUGAGCUUGCUGCCCCAGCAAAAUGCUCCCUUAAUGACCACAAAUGAACACAUACAUUCAUUUGUCUCAGCCAGAAAGGGAGUGGAGAGUGUUACAGCUUAUGUCUUUUUAAAGCUACAAUUCUUAGCUUCAAAACAAAAUUACUUUUUUAUAUAUAUAUACACAUAUAUAUCUAUGAGAUAUAUAUCAUAUAUGAUAUAUGAGAUAUAUAUCUCAUAUGAUAUAUAUAUGAGAGAGAGAGACAAAGCCUCACUCUGUCAACCCAGGCUGGAGUGCACUGGUGUGAUCAUAGCUCACUAUAACCUCGAACUCUUGGCCUCAAGUGAUCCUCCUGUUUCAGCCACCCAAAGCACUGCGAUAACAGGAAUGAGCCACUGUGCCCAGCCCAAAAAUUACCUUUAAUUUACUCAAAUGUUUGAAAAGUAUACCGGACAGAAUUCUUAGGGAGCGGUAACGUUAUACCUAUGAAAUGUUUAGCAUUCAUGUAUUUCACCUGAUAACAGUCCAUUGCUGUUUUUAUCAGCAGUUAGUCUUUCAAGCAGCCAGAGUUCAGGGGGAACAAUGCUCCCAGUCCCACUGGGCUUGCCAGGGCAGCGCUCUAAUGCAGAGAGCCCUAGUGAGAAUGGAGCUGGGCAUACCCUAUAUCGGAACCACUUCUCUAUUUUAGACCAGUGGCUGAAACACAGGGGUAGGUCACAAUCAGGCAGGAAGGGGCUGGAGAAGAAUUUUGAGCCAAACACACACCAAAGCACCAAAGACUGUGACCAGUUUAUUUCAUUGUUACAGCAAAGUCAGGUCUAUCCCCUAUUGACAUGAGUCUUCCCCAUGUUCAUUCUGGUAUGCUCUGUGGUGCGGGAGAGAAAGAGGAGGCCUGUGGCCAGGCGAGGACAUGCAGGGCCCUGUGAACGGUCACAGGAAUUUGUGCUGUGCACGUGAGGCCAGAGCCCACGUGGCAAGUGCGAGAAAUACAAGGACCGUCGGCUGAGAUCGAGCUACGGUGGCAGCUUUUGUCCACUGACAGAUAAGGGGAGAGGUCCUGUGGCCCUUCAGGGACUGUUCCAGUGAAUGAUUUUUGGACAGUGGUCAAAUCAUUUUGAAAAAACUAAAAUUGGAUACCUACUUUGCAGCUUACAAAGAAAUAGAUCCCUGCUUUACAAGUUACACAAAAAUAGGUCCCAGAUGGAUUACAGAUCUGUAAUAGACAGGAUCUGAAAUGACAUGUGAGAGAAUAUUUUUGUAAUCUCAGCAUGCGGGAAGGACUUUCAUGUUUGUUUGACAGGAACCUCUAGGCACUCACAAUUCAAGUAUGAAGUGUGAAUAAGCAAUACAGAAGUCAUCAAAGCUAGAUUGGACUCAAAACAGAAGUCUUUCUUUCUUUUUUUUUUUUUUUUGAGAUGGAGUCUCACCCUGUUGCCCAGGCUGGAGUGCAGUGGCGCCAUCUCGGCACUGCAACCUCCACCUCCAGGGUUCAAGUGAUUCUCCUGCCUCAGCCUCCCGAGUAGGCGGGAUUACAGGCACCCACCACCACUCCCGCCUAAUUUUUGUAUUUUUAGAAGAGAUGAGGUUUCACCAUGUUGGUCGGGCUAGUCUCAAUCUCCUGAACUCAGGCAAUCCGCCCGCCUCUGCCUCCCAAAGUGCAGGGAUUACAGGCGUGAGCCACUGCACCCAGCCAAAACAGAAGUGUUUCAUAUAAAAAACGAUACUGUGAAUCAAAAGACAGCAUACACAUUAGGAGGAAAUAUUUGCAUCCAAGUCUCAUGUAGCAGAUCAUGAGUCAAAAUCCUUGAUCUACAAGAGCCUCUGCAAAUUCAUAAGAAAAGUCAACCAAAUAGAAUAAAAGGUAAAAGAUAUAAACAAUUUAGAAAUGAAGAAUUAAAAAUUAUGAAAAUAUGUUCUGGCCAGGCGUGGUGGCUCACGCCUGUUAUCCCAGCACUUUGGGAGGCCAAGGUGGGCGGAUCACGAGGUCAGGAGUUCAAGACCAGCCUGGCCAACAUGGUGAAACCCCAUCUCUACGAAAAAUACAAAAAAAAUUAGCCAGGCAUGUGGUGGUGUGCACCUGUAAUCCCAGCUACUGGGGAGGCUAAGUUAGGAGAAUUGCUUGAACCCAGGAGACAGAGAUCAUGCCACUGCACUCCAGCCUGGGUGACAGAGCAAGACUCCGUCUCCAAAAAAAAAAAUUUUUCUUUUUAAUUAGCCAGGCAUGGUGGCACACACCUAUAGUCCCAACUACUUGGGGGCUGAGGUGGGAGGAUCACUUGAGCCUGGGAGGUCAAGACUUAAGUGAGCCAAGAUCCCACCACUGCACUCCAGCCUGGGAGACAGUGAUAUACUGUCUCAAAAAACAACAACAGGCCAGUCGUGGUGGCUCACACUGUCAUCCCAGCACUUUGGGAGGCUGAGGCGGGUGGAUCACCUGAGGUCAGGAGUUUGAGACCAACCUGGCCAACACGGUGAAACCUCAUCUCUACUAAAAAUACAAAAAUUAGCUGGGAGUGAUGGCGGGCGCCUGUAAUCCCAGCUACUCAGGAGGCUGAGGCAGGAGAAUCGCUUGAACCUGGGAGGCAGAGGUUGCCAAGAUCGCGCCACUGCACUCCAGCCUAGGCGACAGAGCGAGACUGUCUCAAAAAACACAAAACAAAACAGAAAAACAAGAACAACAAAAAAGUGGAUGUCUGGGCCAUCCAGCCUCUUACUCAUAAGCCUGCUUCCUCAGAAGCCGCCUCCCUACAUCUGCUCAUAUCCACAGAAUGUGCUCCUCUUGGCAUCCUGGAGUAGCCAAAGCCAUUGCUAUCAGUAAAAAAAAUUUUUUUUUAAUUCCCAGCUGCCACCAUCUCCUCUCAUCUCCAUUCACAACGUGGUAAGAAUAUUAUUUUUGUAUCUGACCAAAACCAGUUUCUGAGUUUUCAUUUUCUUAAUUGGCCCCCAAUAAAUAAAGGAGGGACUCGCCUGCCCUUGAACGUGCUCUGCUGUGUGCUCUGGAUCUCAUAGGGGCCAGCCUUUCUCAGGGGGCCUGGAGAGGGCCAGGGAUCCCUUAUUCUUCUCAGCUCAGUGACUUUUUCCCAUUUUGGAGGCCCUUGUCAGUCAGAUCACCUGAAGGGCCACUCUUUUCUGUCCUGUAGAAUGACUCCUGUGUCUCUCUGGUCUUAGAGGGCAACUUGUGAAGAACUGCCAACCUUCCUUUGGUCUUUGCUGGAUAGCAGCGGUGUUUGUAAAGAUAGGACUGGUCUUUGAGCAGUACAGUGAAGGGGUUAUUGGGCCUGGAUUCUACUCAGAGGGACCUCCUUAGUGAGGUUUAUGAUAUUUAUGUUAUACAGCAGUGUAGAAAUGACCUUCUAAAGGCCAGGAGCGGUAGCUCAUGCCUGUAAUCCCAGCACUUUGGGAGGCCGAGGCAGGUGGAUCACGAGGUCAGGAGAUCGAGACCAUCCUGGCUAACAUGGUGAAACCCUGUCUCUACUAAAAAUACAAAAAAAUUAGCCGGACGUGGUGGUGGGCGCCUGUAGUCCCAGCUACUCGGGAGGCUGAGGCAGGAGAAUGGCGUGAACCCGGUAGGCGGAGCUUGCAGUGAGCCGAGAUCAUGCCACUGUACUCCGGCCUGGAAGACAGAGUGAGACUGCAUCUCAAAAGAAAAAAAAAAGGGGGAAAUGACAUUGUAACCAAAAUUGGGGUUGGGAGGAAUAAGGUGGUUUUAUAAGAUAUGUUUUUUGAUUGUCUUGUAUGUAAUACCUGGGAGUUUAAAGACUUGACAUUUAAAAGAAGAUAGCCCCAUAAAUUAAGUAUCACACUUAAAGGCUGCCAGAUUUUAAAGAAAUUCUUUCAUAUGUUCAUCUAAUAGUUUGAUGCUGCUAUUUGGGUUUUUUGUUUUAACAUUUAAAUCUUAGAUCCAUUUGGGAUUUGUCCGUUUCUGGGUCCAGCUUGAAUUUUUCCAUUUGAAUUGAAUUUUUCCAGUUUUCCGUAACUAGUUCUUCCAGCAUCAUUUAUUGUAUGUUGUGUCUCUUCUCCAUGGAUUUAAGAAGCCAACCAUAUUGUAUGCUAAAUUUUCACAGUCAUUAUACAGAUUAUCUUUUCUGUUCUCCUGGCCUGUCUAUUUCUGUUCCACUUGUAUAAAAUUCUGAACUUACAUAUCUAUUGAAUCUAUUUCUGGAGUUUUUAUUUUGUUUAUUUGGUCUGAUUGUCUAUUAAUGUUUUAAUUAUUGAGAUUUCAUAAUGUUUUUGUUUUUGUUUUUGAGACAGAGUCUCGCUCUGUUGCCCAGGCUGGAAUGCAGUGGCACGAUCUCGGUACACUGCAACCUCUGCCUCCUGGGUUCAAGCAAUUCUCCUGCCUCAGCCUCCCAAGUAGGUGGGAUUACAGGCGCCCGCCACCACACCCAGCUAAUUUUUGUAUGGGGUUUCACCAUGUUGGCCAGGGUAGUCUAGAACUCCUGACCUCAGGUGAUUCACUUGCCUCAGCCUCCCAAAGUUUUGGGAUUACAGGCGUGAGCCACUGCCCCCGGCCAAGAUUUCAUAAUGUUUUAACAUCUGACAGAGAUAGUCCCUCUCCCCUCCAAUUUUAGUCAAUAAUCUUUCU